CUAUCCUCAUAGAUAGGUCCUUUCUAUGCUACUGGCGCAUUGGCACAGUCUGGGGAGUCCCUCAGCUGAUGACCGUUGGCGUUUCGUCAUGCGGCAAAGAGAAAAAAGGACACUAACGGUGUGGCUCAAGCCUGAACCAGCCUCUCAGAUGGCAGUUUGAUCGUUUUGCGUCCGUAUGGCACUGUUCUUGCUGUGGCAGCGAGUGGGAUAAGUGUGUUGCGGUACUGUCUUGGUCCAAAAUACCCGCUCCCACCCGUGGCUCUCGACAAACUCUAUAUAACUCGGGUCAGUCUUGCAUCAACAAGCCUUCUUUUGCCCUCCAGUCACUUACUACUCAUCGAGCUUGAUCUUUUCAUUGAUCUUGUUUCAGCUUUUCUCCAUGUCCGCCCCUACCAGACAGUUUUGCAAGCUGUCCAUCGCUAGCCCCAUGUCACGACCGCGGUUCCAGAACCAGAGAGCACGACCUACGGAGGACGAUAACAACGACGACAGUGAGAACAUUGGAAGUGACAGCGAGGAGAGCGAGAUGGAGGCAGGAGACUCCGGUGAAUCAUUGACUGCGCAAGGGAAAUCAGGGAUCACGUAUGAUCUGGCCGGGCUGGAUUCCGCGUCAGAGGCCAGAGCGCUGGUUGGAUUCUCGAGCCAGUUUGAGGUGAUUACCUGCUGCUCCAUGCAGACGGGGUAUGACUUUCAGCUGGCAGAGAAGGCCCGGGUGCAUUUGGGCUCGGAUGCCUAUACGUGCACCUGUUCAGCAUUCUUGAGUCAGUCUAACGUGGCCUGUCAACACAUCUUUCAAAAGUGGCUCCUUGAUCAGCUUUAUGCCUGCCUCCUUCCCCAAAUCGUAUCCUCUGUGGUCCCUCUCGCUAGCGAUGGCCGUCUUCCGAAUUUUUCGCGCACCGAGCAGCUUCUCGAAGGUAAACUCGAAGCCGUUGCGGACCAACUGGGCUGGGAGUAUGUUCGCUCUGAAGCAGUUGGUGGGAUGAGUCGUUCUCAGAAAGCUCGAGACCUCCUGUCUGCCUUCAGCAUGGGCGUCCUGCCGGAAGAUUUCCGCCUCGACCUGGUGGAGGACACGGGGCUGUCACGCACGCCCGAGCAGUGCGUCGUGCAAGGGGACCUCGAAGCCACUUUAUUUCGGCUCACCGUGCACGACGACGCUGUCUACUCUAGCUUGUGCAAGGCGAUGCCCCCCGGUGCUUGUGCGGCGAUCUACUUCGACAAAAUCCAGGGCCGAUCCCGCAAGCUGUUAGCCGACUUCGACCUCUUCUGCCAGACAGGGAAGAAGCCCGAGAGCGGAACGAACGUGGACGUCGCCAACGUCAUCCGGGAAUUACAGUACAACGUGGAUCGGAUCCAGUGGAAUAUCACCGCGCGCGCGCCGCACGGCAUGGAAGGCGCCGCAAAGGCCUUGGUCACGUUGCUGGAAGACAUCUGCAACCGCAACAAGGACGCCCUGGAUGGCAACCGAUGGGGCCGGAGCUCGUUCCACGGAGAAGACGAGGAUGAGCGCAACGUGUACCAUCAGCUCAUCGGCACGACCGACGAGACGGGCCGGUGCUUCAUCCUCGAUACCCUGGAGCAUCUGCAGGGGUCGGAUCUCCACCAGUUCGGAGCCAAGCUGCAUGCGAUCCUGCACAAGAACGAGGUGAACCGAGCACCGAGAGCUUUCCUUCUCAAGUUGAACAUGCUGGUGCGUCGAGCCGAGUCGGCCUCGACUGCCUCUGGUCAGAAACGUCCGGCUACGGGAGUGUCUGGAGGGAACAGCAAGCGAACUCGUUGAUAUACAUGCGCUUUUGAUGCGAUAUACCCUUUUGGAUUGAAUUCUGCCGUUUAAUUUCUUCACAUCUACAUAGCAGACUCUUCCUCUGUUUUUCAGCCCGAUGUUUUGGUUUGCUGUGCUGCGUUGUGCUUAUUGUGAAUUCAAGUACUUCUACAUAGUCAAAUAAUCACCAGCAGGACUGGUCUUUGGUUGUCUUCUAUCUCCAGUGUGAAUAAUUAAUCUAAAGAAUAUUGAUGGUCAAUACGAAUUGCAAUCACUCCGGAGACCUUCCCCAGGUAAGGCACGAUAACCGACACGACAGCGCAGGGCCACGGUUCCCAGCAAACUUAGAAGCAGCCUUAACUGGCAGGAAGUUGUUGUGAUGACGCAUCCAUUUUCGUUUCCACUCUAAAAGCAGGGCAUAUAGAUGGCAGACAGAAUCAU